UAUAUAUAUAAUUAUUAAAUUUAAUUUAAUAAUUAAUAAUAUGGGGCACCAUUCUUGUUGCAACCAGCAGAAGGUGAAGAGGGGUCUCUGGUCACCCGAGGAAGACGAAAAGCUCGUCCGCUACAUCACAACACACGGCUACGGCUGCUGGAGCGAAGUUCCCGAGAAAGCAGGGCUUCAGAGAUGUGGGAAGAGUUGUCGUUUGCGAUGGAUAAAUUACUUGAGACCGGAUAUCAGAAGGGGAAGGUUUACACAAGAAGAGGAGAAGCUGAUUAUUAGUCUUCAUGGAGCUGUUGGCAACAGAUGGGCUCAUAUAGCGAGCCAUUUGCCCGGAAGAACGGACAACGAGAUAAAGAACUACUGGAAUUCGUGGAUCAAGAAGAAGAUAAGAAAACCCUCGUCGCCAAAUAUCACAAAGACGAUACCCAAAUCCCAAUUAUUCACACACACACGAAACCAUCAUCAAGUACUAGAUAAUUUCUUGAAUAUUAACAACCAAGAUAAUUUGGCCGCAACAAAGUUGAGUACUACGAGUAUUCAAGAAACCGGCGGCCUAUUCCCUUUACCAAUUAGUCCCUCAUUCAUGUUCGAAAUCGGCUCUACUUUCGAAUCCACUAACAACAUUCCUCAUACGAUCUUUCAAGAAAACGAAGGACUAAUGAUGAAUAAUCAAGAAACAUGGCAACUAUUUAACAGGGAGACGGUCGAAUAUACGAGCUGUAAUUUGACAUUACCGAUAAUGGAUAACUUAGAUAAUAUAAUGGUCCCUAAUAAUUGUGGGAUUAACGUGGGAGGCGGAGGAGGACAAAUCACAGCCGUUGAUUGCAUGCAGAGGAACGAGAUCAACGAGUGGGGAGUCGAUCCAGUGCAAUGCCCAAAUUAUUUCUUCUGGGAUCAAGCGGAAGGACAUCAUGAACUAAUUGGCGCGGAGGAGAUAAUCUCGACUUCGUCGAAUAUGGGAGAUUUGAUGAUCUCUCAUUUUCCUUCAUCUAUAUGACUUCAAAACUACACAAUUUAUAUUACUACUAAUCCAUGAUUUAUCAACCCUGCCAUGCAUGUGACUGCUUUGU